AUGCCUCGAGCGCAACCGGGCAACCCCGACUGGGCCGAGUGGGUCGACGAGCUCGCCAGACGCGCAGAAGAACGAGGCGAGAAGUCGGCGCAGACCUACAAGCGGGCCGCGUCUUCCCUGCACAGCUGCCCGAUCCCGUUCGCGCACCCUGAAGAUGCCCUCCAGCUCAAGGGCGUCGGCCCCAAGAUCGUCGACUUCCUCGUCGGCAAGAUGCGCGACAAGUGCGACAAGGAGGGCUUGCCCAUGCCCGACCGCCUCGCCUCGUCAGCAGCUCGUCCUCGCAAGGCCCCCGCCAAGAAGAAGCGCACGACCGCCGACGGUCCCGCCUCGGACGAGGUCGACCCGCGCGACGCCCGUCGCCAGCGCACGACCCAGCUCGACCUCGACGCGCCCCGCAUCGAGUUCCAGGCGCACCCGGACGGCCACGCGUGGAACGAGCCGCUGCCCGAGGACGACGAGCCCGCGCCGCGAGCCAAGGGCAAGGGCAAGGCCAAGGAGAAGGCGCCCGCCAAGCCGCGCGAGUACCUCCCGCGCCAGAACAGCGGCGCGUACGCCAUCACGCUCGCCCUGUACCUGUGCUGCUCGGCCGACGAGCCCGAGUCGUGGACGACCAAGGGCCGCAUCAUCGAGGUCGGCCAGGAGCACUCGGCGACGCCGUUCGGGCAGGGCACGGCCAACCGCGGCGGGCAGGCCCAAGGCGGCCAGAGCUACACGUACACGGCGUGGAGUGGCAUGAAGAACCUGCUCGACAAGGGCAUAGUCGUCACCGACAACAAGCGGCCCGCCAAGUACGCCCUCACCUCGACCGGCUACGCUCUCGCCGAGAAGCUCGCCCCCUUGGCCGGCAUCCCGCUCCACGUCCGCCUCCCGACCUCGUCUGCCGGCCACCCUUCCUCCUCCGGCGCCGGGCCGUCGACCUCGACCUCGGCCGCCUUCCGCGGUCGCGGCAACGUCCUCGGUGGCACGUCGACCGGCCAUCGACCCGCCGCACAUGUCGGCACGUCGAUUCACGCCGCCGCUCGCCGACGGGCCUCGUCGCCGAUCUUUGCCUUCUCGGACGACGCCGACGCGGCAGGCGGUGGCACCGACGACGACGACGAGUUCCGGGUGCAGAUGCGCAAGGCGAUGGAGCUGAGCAGGCGGGAGAGCGCGGGCUUGUCGUCGGAUCCGGCCGUCGGCGGCGGCGGCGGCGGCGGCGGCGGCGACGAGCGCGAGAGGGCUCGGCGCGCGCUCGACGGGAGGAAAGCGGCGAGUGGGGCAUAUGCGGCGCAGGCGACGGCGAGGCGGGAUGCGCCCGGGCUCAAGAACGUCGACAACGCAUUCGGCUACUUCUACCUCAACGAGGCCGACGAGCGCGUCCUCUCUCGAGACGACGCCGAGGUGUCGCAGACCGACGACGGCGCAGACCUCCUGUACCGCAUCGAGUACCGCCUCGCGCAAGACCUACACCCGAUCGUGCGCGGCCUGCAGCGCCCCGAGCCCAUCUCGCGCACGGUCCCGCUCCCCGGCGGGUCGACCAGGACGGCCUACAUGCGCGCCCGCGUGUCGAACCAGACGGCGCCGGGCUUCCCCAAGGUCACGUCGGCUGGUGCUGCAUCAUCGAGGGCCGACAAGCGCGACGAGCGCCCGCUCGACCCGAUGGCGAGCCUCCUCGGCGGGUACCAGGCGCCGAGCAAGAAGGGCAAGGACGCCAUGUACGCGCCGCCGCCCGACGUUCGACGUCUUGGCGCCGACCCCGACGCUCCGCAGGCUCAGCCGCAGCGUGGGGCGGGCAACGUGCUCGACGUCCUCGCCCGCUUCAACGCCAAGGGCGGCGCGGCGGGUCCACCUCCCGCAGCCGCCAAAGCUGCGUCAUCGCCUUUCCGCCCCGCCGGCAGCACUCGAACCGUCGACGACGCCGAGCCCGACGAGCCGAGUCCACCCAAGCGCCUGCGCCACACCGCCUCGACCAUCCUCGCCGCCGCACCCUCGGCUCGGGCGCCUACCUCGACCACCGUCCCGCUCCGAGCCGGGUUCGCCGGCGCCGCCGGGGCGCAUCAGCUCGUCAAUCGGCACCCGCUCGACCCGGUGCGCGACCACGUCGCGCCGGCGUCGUACCGGUUCGAGCCGUUCACGCCCAUCGUCUGGCCCGCCGGGUCGUUCAAGGUGUACCUCGUCGUCGACUCGCGCGAGGGCACUCGCGAGCACGGCAAGCGUGUCGAGCUGUGCGACAAGUUUGAGCGCGAGGGCGUCAACGUGCAAGGGCGGAUGCUUCCCCUCGGCGACAUGCUGUGGGUCGCGAGGCGCGUCGACCCGGUGACGGGGCGGCCGACGGGCGUCGACGACGUCGUACUCGACGCGAUUGUCGAGCGCAAGCGCCUCGACGACUUGUGCAGCUCGAUCCUCGACGGGCGGUACGUCGGGCAAAAGUUCCGCCUCAAGGACUCGGGCAUCACGCACCGCAUCUACCUCAUCGAGAAGUACGACGUCGCCGCACAAUACGAGAAGUUCGGCAAGCAGAUCUGGACGUGCAAGUCGCAGCUGCAAGUCAACGACGGCUUCUACGUCCACGAGUCGGCCAACAUCGGCGACACCAUCUCGUACCUCAAGAAGCGCACCCAAGUCAUGGCCGAGCUGUACGAGCACAAGGACCUGCACAUCAUCCCCGACGCCAUCAUCAACCGCGCGACCUACCUCGCCCUGCAGCAGUCGCUGCGGCUCGCGUCGCCAUCGCAGCCGCACCACACGACCUACGCCUCGUUCUACGACCUCAACAAGCCCGAUGCGGCUCUCACGCUGCGCUCCCAGUGGGGCAGCAUGCUGCAGCGCGUCAACGGCCUCGGCGCCGAAAAGGCCGUCCAGUUCCUCGGCCGGUGGGACACGCCGAUGCGCUUCUUUGCCGAGGCGCAGCAACACGAGCGCGACGUCGAGAGGGGUAACGCGCUCCUCCCCGUCGAGCUGGACGGCGGGGCAAAGAAGCGCGGCGCGCCGAAGAAGCGCAAGGCCGAGGACUUUGUCGUCGAGGAGCUCGACGACGGGAGCGCGUCGACGAGGGGCAUCAAGGGCAAGCUCGGGGCGCGCAUCUGGGAGCUCUUCAUGACGAGCGGGCGGUACACGAGCUGAGGGAGCGGGCACUGGCAGUUCUCGAACGUUUCUCUUUCUUCCUUUCGUACUUUCUCUCCCUCUCUCUUGCACAUGCAGUAUCUUCUCGGGC